AGGCGCCACCCCACGCCGCCCCAGGCUUCCUCUCCGCGAGGAAGUGGAGGACUCCGGUCUCAGGCCGCCCCCUAAGGCCGACCGCGCGGGGCGGAGCGGGUGGAGCCCAACGGCCCCGACGCCGCCUGGUCGCCUAGCAACGCCCCCACGCGGAGCCAUGCAGGCGGGCGGCAGCAGGGAGCUGGAGGCCAGGAAUUACUUGGAAAAACACCGGAUUAUGGAGUUGGUAAACUAUCUCACCAGCACCCUGCUCUUUUUCCGGCCGGAAAAACCAAGAGAGUAUUUAAUAUCUAUAUUGGAACGACUGAGAAUUGCCAAAGUAACAGGCGUGGCUUUUCCUUUCUUUAUGGAUCACUCUAACAUCGUGUCUAUGUUUGAGAUGAUGGACACUUCACAUAAAGGCACCAUAUCAUUUGUGCAGUACCGAGAAGGCCUGAAAACCCUGGGUCUGUUGGAUGAAGAUGAAGUUUUACAAGAUGAUGGACAUGUGAUAACUUUGGAAAAAUUCAGAUCUGAAGUGAAACACAGUGAAUUUCCAAACCAAACACAGGAAUCAAUUAUAAACAUGCAUUCUACAUUGAUUUUUAAAAAAAAUUUAUUUGCUGUGUUUGAUUAUCUACAGUAGUCUCCCUUAAUUAGCAUAGGAAAUUGAAAAUUCAUUGUAAUUUAUUA